AUGUUGGCGUUGGGGCUGGCCGAGGAGGAGCUUCCCGCCACGGCGGCCCUGUCCCACUCAGCCAGCAAGGCGGCACUGGACCAGCUCUUUGCAGAGCUUGUGGAUCCGGGCAACAAAGGUGUCGUCGGCUACGAGGACUUUGCUUGGCUUCACACUCGCCUGAUGUUCUACAACGGCCGGCCCACGAGCAUCACGGACCGGCUGCAGAGCCUGGGCGGCACCUACCCGCAGCAGGUCUUCCGAAAGUUCGAUCUCAACCAGGACACGCUUCUGGACAAGGCCGAGUGGAAUGAGUACGCGUCAAGUCUGGUCUCCGUCCUGGGCCGCGCCUACCUGAAGGACGCCUGCAAAGGCCUUCUGCGCGAGCAGCAGGAGCAAGAGUCCAAGAAGGUGGCCGGAGCUCUGGCCUGGAGGUAUGACGACCAGGCCUCCAGACAGAUGCUGGAGAAGGUCUCUUGCGCACAGCACCUCGGUCGGGAGCACGAGGAUGUGAUCGAGGGCUUGCUCCGAAAGUUUGCAGAUCCAAACCAGGUUGCUCUGGCAUUGGAACGGUACGUCUGGCAGUCGCUAAGUUGUCCUCUAAGGUUGAAGGAGCACACCGAUGGCAUCUCGAGCCUGGCCUUCGCGGAGGAUGGCGAGCGCCUCCUCUCAGCCUCCAGAGAUGGCACCCUCCGCCUCUGGGAGCUGACGGGCGAUGUCGAAAAAAUCCGGGAGCUGGGUGAGAGCUCCAAAGUGCUCCGGGGCCAUCGGGGCCCGGUGUCCUGCGUCGCAAUGUCGCGGGACGGCAAGCACGCGGUGUCGAGCUCCUGGGACACGACUCUCAAGUAUUGGUCCUUGGACACUGGGAGGUGCUUGCGCACCUUCAAGGGACAUGAGGGUCACGUGAACUGCGUUUGCUUCUCCGCCGCGGAUGACAUGGAGUUCUUGUCUGUCUCCAGCGACCGCACGGCCAGAUGCUGGGCCACCACUGGCUCAGAGCUCGGGCGGUUGAAGGAUCCGGACUGUGCCUGUUGCCAUGACGACUGGAUCACAGCAGUCGCUCAUGUCCCCGGCGACUUCACCACGAAGAAGGCCGUGACCUGCGGAUGGGAUCGGCAAAUACGUGUGUGGGAUUCGGGCGCAAGGACGAUUCUGUCAGUCCUGCCGUGUAUGCAUACCGCAGCGGUCCACGCCGUGGAGAUUUCGCCGGAUGGCAGCUUGCUGGCAUCGGGCGGACGCGACGGUACCGUGCUCCUCUGGGAUGUCCAAGAGACCAAGUUGUUGCUUGCCCUGGAGGUCGGCCACUGCGUGAAUGCUCUGGUUUACAACCCCAUGCAAUACUGGCUGGCUGUGGCCACAGAUGAGGGCGUUGAAGUUUGGGAGUUGGAGCAGAAGAGUCGGAUGGCCUUGCUCACCCCUGGACCGGCAGCCGCGGGAUCUAUCGCCACCACGCUAAGGUGGACGCCGCAGGGCAAAUCUCUCUUGGUGGGAUACUCCACUGGCGUCGUCGAGGUCUACAAGCAGCGCGUGCUGCGCUUGCUUAUGCUGGGCGAGAUUGGCGGUGAUAAUACCGGCGUGGAAAAUGAGGAGACCGCUCUGCACUCCCAGCAACUCAUUGACAAAGCGGCUGAGCUGACGGCCAAGGACGCGCGGGACCUUCUGCUGAAGGGUGCGAGUGUGAAUUACAGGAAUGAUCGCGGCUGGUCGCCGCUGACUGCCGCAGUGUUCUGGAACAACCACGAGUAUGUGGAGUGCCUCGUCAAGCUUCCUCACAAGUCGACCCGCACGGCGCUGCAGGCAGACUUGCCUGACUCUCGCGGCCGCACGGCCCUGCAUGUGGCCGCACGGAAGGGCCUCACGGAGUUGGUGCCUUUGAUCCUGGGAAGCCGGGCAAAUCCUGAUGCUCGCGACAGUGAUGGAUGGACUGCACUCCAUCACGCCGUCUUCAACGGCCAUUCCGAGACAGCCCGGGCGCCGUUGCUGGAGCCGUCGGUGACUGUUUUGGGCAUUUCCACAGAAGGCCCCUUUUUGUCGUUGCUCCAGGUGAUCAGAGUGAAGGUAGACUUUCACCUUCUUUUUGCCCGUUUGACAAGCUCCAUGUCCUUGGACAAGUCCGCCCAGGCGAUGGCACGGCCCCGGCGGGAAGGAGGCGUGCGUGGCUUCUCAGCCAAGCCCCGGGUGGAUCCAUCCCCGACAGUGGACCUCGGUGACCUGACGCAGGGCUGCCCUUUGCUAGAUGAGGUUCCUUGCCAGCGGCUCUUGGAGGGAUUCGACCUGAACCAGGCCCGGGAGCUCUAUCAGAGCCUGACGGAAGACCAGAAGGAGCAACUGGCCACGCAGGGCCUCGACCCCCGUGGCUGCUUCGAGGCCAACCUCCAGACUGGUGCAAAGGAGGGCCGUGUGCCCAUGACGCGUUCCCGGCGGGAAGGCGGAGUGCGAGGCUUCUCAGCAAAGCCCCGGGAGCCUCCACCGCCACCUCCGCCGGUGGAGGACCUCGGUGACCUCACGCAGGGCUGCCCUUUACUAGAUGAGGUUCCUUGCCAGCGGCUCGUGGAAGGAAUCGACUUGAACCAGGCCCGGCAGCUCUAUGAGAGCUUGACGGAGGACCAGAAGGAGCAGCUGGCUUCACAAGGUCUCGACCCCCGCGGCUGCUUCGAGGCCAACCUGGAAACUGGUGCAGACAAGGGUCCUGCGCAGCUUGCCCAGCAGCGCCGAUUUUCUUGGUACUCGGGUGGCAAGUAG